UAUGGUUUUCACGUCGAAGAUUUUUGAUUUGGCGAUCGCCAUUCAUAAUCAUUUGUUGUUUGGCUGUGCUUGAAGUCGGAAAUGCGCUGUGUGCUCAAGUCUGCGGUUAAAGUACCCGUUGGAUGUUUACGGAACUUGGAACUUUUUCGGAAAAACGUGAAAAUUUGUUAUCGAUUUUAAUUACAUUCGGUGUUUUCCGGAUUACAGUUACGUUUAAAAAUUUACAUCAAGUGUUUUAUUUGUGAUUUCUUUGAAAUAUAUUGUUCAUAAAGUGUGAACCGGACUAAAGGCGGAACAGGGAACAUGCUUUCAAAGUUAUGAUUCACAUGGCAACAGUCAAGUUUUGGCGAGGUUUCCAGGAAAGCCUAACUUAGUACCACAUACACAUGCGCACACUACGUGUAUAUGUGAAUCAUAUUGUUUUUAAUUAUUAAAUUUAUAACUCGCUCUCAAAGUGAACUUCUUUUCGAUAACGUCAAUUCGAAACGCUUUUAAGCCGGAUUUAAUUUACGACGAGUGUAAGCUUGGCAUAAUUGCAGUACGUUGCUUCUUAAACUAAAUAAAUUUGGAGUUGUGAAUAGUUGUGAGUUGAGGGCCAAUGCGAAGUGGACACUAAGCAAAAAACAAAGUGAAAUUUAUAGAUUUUUUUUUUGAAAUUAAAUGAAAGUUUAUUGUGAACGCAUAAGCUAAAAAAUAGUGUAACAAAAACAAAAAUAUUUAAAGAAAUAAAAAUAAAUAGCUUAAACAAACAUUUAUCUUCAAGUAUAAAUAAUUUAUUUGCGAGUUUAAAUAAAUAUAUAAAGUUACGGACAAUAAAAUAGAAUCAUCCAUAGUACCAAUUUUCCGUUUGAAUUCUUUUUUGUUUUUAAAUACUAUGUUGAAAUGCUGUGUAUUCGGUUGUGAUUUAAUUUCAAAACUAUAACGAAGCAAUACCGUUAUUUACUGCAACUUGAAUGGCGCUUACUCUCAACUACACGCCCGUUAAGAAUUGUUAUGGCAACAGUGAAUUUAAAUAUAUGAAACCUUCGAUUUUAUUUAAAAACUUUCAAAUUAGUUAUCAAAAUAUUCAAAUGCAUGAACAUGGCCACCCGACGGAUAGUGAGAAAAAAAUACAAAAAGUACAAACCCGCGCGGAAGAAGCGAAAGCACUUCCAACACCAAUAGAUAACGCAACAGUGUCGUCAGUGGCUCAGAGUUCGAAAUUAGAUACGAGAAGACGUCGUAGAUCCAGUACCACUAGCACCAGUAGCAGCGACACUAGCAGUACUUCGGAUAGUUCGAGUGAUGAUGACACCGAUAGUGACAGUUGGAAGAGUGGGGCUAGUUAUACCAAUAGUAAACUUAGUGCACAUAGUUAUAGUAAACAAAAAGCCUUACGUGGCAGUCAUGUCGCCAACGUGCCCACCGGUGGGCUACAAGAAACCCGCGCCAAGUCAAAUUCGCCAUUGCCUUUAGCAGAAAAGGCCGACGGUGAAGUUGAAAAAUCGAUUGCAAGUGCUAAUGAAACGAGCGGGCACGUUGAAAGUGAAAGAUUGUCGUCGAACGUGGAAGAGGGUGAUAGUGAUGCAUCCAGUGAUAGUGUCAAAUCGCGGCCGGCUUCGCCAGUGGUUAAAGUGCCGUUGGAUCCACAUGCUUGGAGUACUGAUGACAUAGCAAAGUGGGUGAAAUGGUUAACAAAACAGUUUAAAAUCGAUCCAGAACCGGAUAUUUCACGUUUCCCCACCACUGGUGCUGAGUUGUGUGAAUUGAGUAGAGCAGAUUUUUGGGUUUGUGCCGGUUCGCGACAGGGGGGCAUACUUUUGGCAAAACAUUUCGCCUUGACAUUGUACAGUGCGACCGGACGUGAGACAAGUCCGAUGCUAAAUGAAAAUGAGCCAAAUCCCUAUCAGCUACUAAAUGCCGCAUCCCAUCGAUUGGUGGCGCAGGGUUCAGGACAAAUUCAACUAUGGCAGUUCCUACUUGAACUGCUCGCCGAUUCGUCUAACGCCAGUUGCAUAACAUGGGAGGGCACCAAUGGUGAAUUCAAACUCAUCGACCCUGAUGAAGUUGCUAAGCGUUGGGGCGAACGAAAGGCAAAACCAAAUAUGAAUUACGACAAACUCAGCAGAGCUUUAAGAUAUUACUACGAUAAAAACAUAAUGACUAAAGUGCACGGGAAACGUUAUGCCUACAAAUUCGAUUUUCACGGCUUGAUGGCGGCAUGCCAAGCGCAGGCACAGGGUUGUGAUCCCACAACAAGUAUGUUGAGUUCCUACAAACAUCAUCAUCACCACAGCCAUGCCAUAGGAUUGCAUCAUCAUCAUUAUCACAACCUGCAAACAGAUCUCACCUCACCAUCGUCGACGUCGAGUCAUGGUUUUCCAUCACCUUCUCCCACGUCUAUGCCAUCGCCUAUUGGUAUGAGCAAUUCGCCCAACAUUGCUUUAACAAAUCAGCACCAACUUAAUGCAACAAGUACAAAUUUAUUGCAACCACAGCAAUCAACCUUAACCACAACAGCAUUACCAACCGCUUCAACGGGCGCUGAGACGACGGUUGCGCAUAGCAGUACUGCAAGUAGUGGCAACAACAACAAUAGUACACCCGUUUUUACACGCCCACCGCCAUAUUGGUCAUAUACGCCGGGCUCUUAUGACUCACGGCCACCGUCUAAUACGUUUAAUUAACUCUAGAACGAUGUGUAAUUUAAGGUACUUAACACUUGACUUAAGACAUAUUUGUAAUGCAUUUGAGUGGUCCGCUGGUUUUAUUAUGACCAAAAUAUGCCACCCGCAGCGUAAGUUGUGCGUACCUUUUUCCGUUUAUGGAAAGGGGAAUUGCUUGUAUUUAGAGUUGUUAAUAUGUAUGUAUGUAAGUUUGCAAUGUGUAGCUGGGUGUUAUGAGCUAUACUAGCCCAUCGAGAGAUUAUUUAAGUAUAUGUAAGUUUCUAAGUAGUAUAAAGCAACCUCUGGGUAUUAGUUGUAGUUUCAUUGUAAUUGUAGGCAUAUUUGUAUGUGUGCAUUAGUGCUAAUUGCAAUAUUAUAAUAUUUAUUUUAUAAGGUGGGGCAAAAUGAUCUUUCCUAUGAAUAUUGUUAUUCAUAUGUACAUACAUACUUAACUCCAUACAUAGCUUUAUGUAUGAUCGCAUAUGUUAAAUUAAGGCUUUGGAUAUAAUAUAUAUGUACUUAUAGUUUUAAAAAAAUUGUAGUAUAAUUGGCUAUUGCAAUAUUUAAUUUAAUUUAUUUAGCUGUGAUUUUACGAUUUUAUUUACGAAAGAAAGUUGAAAAUGUCAAAAAAUUUUUAAACUUUUAGUUUUGAACUAUACUAAGCAAGAAUUACCAAAAUUUGGUCGCGACAGUUAAGUAGAUCUUAAUGUAUUUAAAGAAAAAAUUAAAUUUGUAAAUGAUUAUAUAUUAUAAUAUAUGUAUAUUUAUAUACAAAUA